ACGACUGGCCGGAUCGUCACAGUAGGGUGGUAAAGGUGAACGACACUGUAGCUUAUUACAUUCUAGUCUAUUGGUUACUUGUCAAUAUUGCUUGGUCAGAAGUUGAUUAUGUGAUAAUACCCAUUAAUGUCAAGGAUAAAUUCCAUUGGGUGUUGGGUGUAUUCGACAUAUGCAAAAGGAUCCUAAUAGUGUAUGACUCAUUUAUUGCAGCUGGGAAUAAUAAUGCAGUUCAUCAGCUUAUUAACAAGUUUUCAGUUGUUAUACCUCUUUUCCUCCAAUGCUUAGACUUCUACGGGAAGCAGAAUGGCAUAAACUCCUAUAUUGGAAAAAGUAUUUCAGAACCUUUGAAAGUUCAGUGGUUAGUUACCGAGGUUCCACAGCAGAAGUUUGGCUCAUUGGACUGUGGGUUUUAUGUUGCAAUAUUUGCAGAGUAUGUCAGUAUCGGGGAGUUUUCAAUUCCAAAUGUCAACUUUAAUGUAGAAGAGCACCGUAGACGCUUUGGAGCUCUCCUUUGGGAUUACGCAGGAAGAAAACAAGAAUUGGGGGCUAUUAGUGAUAGUAAGGUCACAUGCAGGACUGCAAGGAGGAGAGGUGGUCCACCAAAGAAACAAAGAUUAAGAGUUCGCAACAAAUAGGUUAUAAGAAAUUUGGAGAAGAUGUCUUUUGGGAAUUUGGAUUGUGCGCCAUAUUUUGGAUGCUACGUACUUGAUGUUUUUAUAAUGAUUCUUACGUUACAAUUUAAGCGUUUUAAUUUUAAUUACUCAUGGUAGUGGUUUAAUACAUUUAAUAUACACUUGGUAUAGUAGAGCUAUCCAGUUAAUACUGGAUUUCAAUGAUGAAUGCAGAAUGCACAUGAAUCAUUUUGACUGGGUUGUUAUUA